AUGCGUUACACAGCCUUCCUCACCGUCGCUGCAUUCUCCAGCAUUGCCUUGGCUUCGUCAGUCAAGCUCCGUCGCCAGGAUGAUGUCGCUUCCAUCCUCGCUGCUCUCGCAGCCAACAACCCUGACGAUGCAGCUGCCGCCCAGCAAGCCGUUAACGGCGCACAGAAGCGUGCUCCUCAGGAUGAUAUUAACAGCAUCCUUGCUGCCCUCGCAGCCAACAACCCUGAUGACGCUGCUGCUGCCCAGCAACUCGCCUCUUCUCCGAUGCACAAACGCGAGCCCUAUGUCGUUCCUAACUCGAAAGCUGUAGAGCCUCUCUUGGGCAAGCGCCAGGACGACAUUAACAGCAUCCUUGCCGCCCUUGCGGCCAACAACCCCGACGAUGCAGCUGCCGCUCAGCAACUUGCCUCCAAGCCAGUGAACAAGCGUCAAGACGACAUUGAGAGCAUCCUUGCUGCUCUUGCAGCCAACAACCCAGAUGAUGCUGCUGCUGCCCGCCAAAGCAUCCAGAAGAGACAGGAUGAUAUCGCAUCUAUCCUUGCGGCUUUGGCACAGAACAACCCCGAUGACGCAAAGGCUGCGCAGUCGCUGGCCAAGCGAUGGAUUGCGUAA